CCAAACCAAAAAGAAGAAGAAAACGUCAUCAUACUGCGACGGAGAUAGACGAGCAACUAUUUGUUUCUCAUUUUAUUAAUCUGCAACUACAUUUUGUAAUUAACAGUUUUUACGAUCUUAUACAAAGUUUUCUCAGCCCACUCAAAAUAUAAUAACCGUGAUUGUGGGAUAGGAGAGAUGUAAAAUAAAUAUUAGGAGAACGAUAGUGGUAUUCUGUCACUUUUUUUUUUUAGCCACAAUGGCAUCGGAAGAUGAAUUAAAUCUUUUGGUCAUUGUGAUGGACGUGAACCCCAUCUGGUGGGGCCAGCAGGCCCAACGGGAGCCAGAGUUCACCCUAUCAAAGUGUUUGGAUGCGGUCAUGGUCAUGGGAAACUCCCAUAUGGCCAUGACAACGACCAACAGAUUGGCCGUUAUUUCAAGUCAUUUUCAAGACAGUCACUUUUUGUAUCCCUGCAAGAACUGGACAGGAGGGGAUGGUGCUUGGGAUGGAACUAUGGAUGAGGCACCUUACUGCGGCGACGGGAAAUAUGAACUUCUGUCUGUUGCCAAUAAUGUAGUGGCGGAGGAAAUGAAGAGAGUAAUGUCAACAACUGAAAUGAAGGGCAAUUCCACUGACACCUUAUUGGCGGGCUCCCUGGCCAAAGCCCUGUGCUACAUCCACAGGAUGACAAAGGAAUUGGAAGCUGGCCAAGAGAUGAAAUCAAGAAUAUUGGUUAUUAAAACGGCUGAGGACUGUGCCCGCCAGUACAUGAACUUCAUGAACGUUAUUUUUGCUGCCCAGAAACAGAAUAUCCUCAUAGAUGCCUGUGUGCUUGACUCAGACUCCGGUCUUCUUCAGCAGGCUUGUGACAUAACCGGUGGAUUAUAUCUUAAGAUACCCCAGAAGAUCGCCCUGGCACAGUACCUCUUGUGGGUGUUCCUGCCUGACUUGGAGCAGCGGCCCCAGCUGGUGCUGCCGCCACCGGUCCACGUGGACUACAGAGCCGCCUGCUUCUGCCACCGCAACCUCAUCGAGAUCGGCUACGUCUGCUCUGUGUGCCUGUCAAUUUUCUGUAACUUCAGCCCCAUCUGCACAACUUGCGAGACUGCUUUCAAAAUACAGUUGCCCCAGAUGAUGAAGUCAAAGAAGAAAAAACUCAAGCAAUCAAUAUGAUGUUUAUUGACUAGUUGUUUACAUUGCUUUGUUCUUAUUUUGUAUUCUUGAUUUGAUGGGUUCAUCUGAACAGUUCACUAAAAGGCAGAAAGGCUGGUUAUAUAAAUCAAGUUGUUUUUACGAUUUAUUUUCCCCUAAUUUCCUUUGUCAUAAAUUUCAAAUAAAUGUAGCCUUCA